GAAUGUUGGACACAUUAAAUUUUUAGAGCCUCGUAAAAAAAAAAUAUAUCGGUUGAUUUUUAUUUGGCGCGGAGUUAAACGCUGAAUAUUCAUAAGCGGUUUGAUGCACGGCUACACAAUUCAGCGCCCGAAAUAAUAUUUUAUUAAAAGUUAAUUUUGAAACGUGACGUCAUGAAUUGGGAAGCAUAUUUAGCUAUAUUUUUAAUCUAUAUUGGGCAGAACAAAGCAGUCCGCUUGCAUAAGCUGUUUCUAUUCUUGGACGGAUACAAAUCUGAACACGAAUUGGAAGGUUUCCUCCACGUGGGUAACGACUACGCAGUAUUCCUCAGAAAACCUAGUCCACAUGCCAAGUUUUUGAUCUACGAAUUAUACGAGGCGAAUAACGAAAAGUCUAACAACAAUAAAUCAAGAUUACUCGCUAUAUCAAAGAUACCAAUUACUUACAUUAAGGAACAACUGGAUAUAUUCAGAACAGAAUUAUACAAGGCGAAGUAUGUUGAUGAUGAUAUAGUUCCCGGUACUCAAGUUAAGACGUUAAGAGAGUGGCAGAUAGACAGGGCGUUGGACUUGCAAACCAAAGAAGUGGGUGCUGAGAAGACGCUGUUGAGAGCAAUUUUGUUGUGAUUUUGCAAAGUAAAUAUUUAUUUUUUUGUUUAUUUGUAAUAGCACUUUUACAACAUACAUAUAAAUCAUUGAAAAUAAAUUAAUAAAAAAAUAAUAGUAUAUCCAAUAUGCAUGUCAAUUACAAGUGUACAUAGCACUUCCAGAUUCAAUCUAAUCAAAUUCAAAUUUGAAAACAUGAGGUGCAUUUGUAUAAUCUCAGCACUACAUAAUAACUUCUAAUUCUUCAAUAAAAAAUUUGUAAGAAA